AUGGCGCGUCCCUUGCAGACUACCGCCGUUGUCUUUGACUCCAUGGGGCUGCGUAACGGGAAGCCAAGGGCCAGGUUUGACCUCACCCCAAUCGGCAUCCCGGAUUCGAGAAACGGCGCCUUCUGUGGCUUAAGACUGGGCAUGCAUCCUCGGUCGAAGGAAGCGAAACGAUAUUCCAAGAUCUUCGAAUCAGCGGAAAACUUCGUGUGGUAUGCCGUGCGAGAUCAGCAGGUGACGGAUCAUUUCGGAAGUCCCUGUAGUGAGUGCAAAUGUUUGAUGGUCGUGGUGGCCGGGAAUGACUGGUCAGAUUUUCAUCGUGGCAGCAUCACUGCCCAUUCCAUCUCGCGGGAUACAGCUUCACGGAUGCGCGAGAAUCUCUUGCGUUGGAAACAGUACUCCUCAACCAUAGAGGAGUGUGUCUUCGUGAUGCUCAACAUUGACAUGUUGACCGCAACUUAUGACAAUGCACAGGCGACGAACGCAAGCAAAAAUGCCUAUUCGAUUGUCGAUGCGAAUACUGAGAUGAUCCGAGAGGUCUUCGCGAACGAGCCUAGCAUAUUCUUUUUGGAAGAUAAGCUCACAGAGUUUGAGGAAAAAGACAUAUCCGAUGACAGAUUUCAUCUGGGUAACGGUUGCGGACCGCUAUUGUGCAGAAAACUUGUGGAGUGGUACGAGACGAGCAGACAAUCGUGGAACCCGGCGACGGGAAUCUAUGAUAAGAGUUUGCCAGUUUCGGCUGCAUCUACUACCGGAGCCGUCGACGAGCUGCCUCAAGCCUUGUCGCGCGUUGACGCGCCUAGUGAAGCCGAGCCUACGCCGGGGACAUCGAAUAGUUAG